CACAAAGAUAGUGACGACCUUAACUCUAGUGUCAGCCUCAGCGUCUGGUUGCUUCCUUAUGCGGGAUUCACGCGUAAAGGUCCAAUUUUGAUUAAGAAAUUAAGAAAACGAGUGACACCUAACGUUGGUCCCAUGGAAGACCACAAAUCAAUUAUCCCCAAGAGGACUAGUGGAUGAUGUGGAUUCACGCAUAAAGAUCCACUUUUAUUAAGAAACGAGUGACACCUAACGUUGGUCCCAGAAGUCUGAUCUCUAGGAGAUGAUGUGAGGGGAAAGCAGCCGCUAGACUGGAAGGCAGAGAUGAAGGGGAAUGGCACUAGCACACACAACAUGUCCAUGAGGGAAGGUUUACUGACCGUGUGGAACGAGUGGGAAAUCCGCGUGCUUGUGCUCACCAGCCUCGCCCUGCAGGUUUUCCUCCUCUUCUCUGCCGGCAUCCGGAAGCGCAAUGUCUCCGGCUUGCUCGGGGUGCUCCUCUGGCUCGCCUACCUGCUCGCGGACUCCAUCGCCAUCUACGCGCUCGGGUACCUCUCCCAGGCGCGUGUUCCCAAAGGCGUCGACGACCCAGAGUUCUUCAACCGUGCCCAUGGCAUCCAAGUCUUCUGGGCGCCAUUCCUCCUCCUCCACCUUGGUGGUCAGGAUACCAUCACUGCAUUCUCCAUCGAAGACAACGAACUCUGGAAGCGUCACCUUCUCAGCCUGCUGUCCCAGGUUGCCCUUGCUGUAUACGUCUUCUCCAAGUCUCGCCCUGGUGACGAUAUUUUGUACCCCGCCGUGUUUAUGUUCCUCAGUGGCAUUCUUAAGUACGGGGAGAGGACAUGGGCGCUCAAGUGUGCGAGCAUGGAUAACUUGCGUAGUGGCAUGGUCACGACGCCGGACCCGGGUCCCAACUAUGCCAAGUUCAUGGAGGAGUACCGGUUCACACGUGAGGCAGGGCUCCAGGCAGAGAUCGUCAUUGAGCCGGAGCGCCGGGCUGGGGUCACGUCCGCGGCCAUCACAGAGGAGACUGUGCCUUACGCCACGGUCAUCACAGAGGCACGCUGCUUCUUCGUGACAUUCAAGCGCUUAUUCGUGAACCUCAUUCUCAGUUUCCAUGACCGGACCCAGAGCCAGGCCACGUUUCUGCGGUUGACACCGGGGCAGGCGUACAAGGUCAUCGAGAUCGAGCUGUCUCUCAUGUACGACACCCUGCAUUCCAAGGCGGUGGUGAUACACACCUGGUAUGGCCGCCUGUUCCGCUGUGUCACGCUGGUCUCCACAACAACAGCGUGCGUCCUUUUCAAUGUGCUACGCAAGGGUCGACGCGGGUCGUCAUACGACGGCACCGAUAUCUUCAUCACCAAUAUGCUAUUCGGAGGAGCACUGUUCUUAGAGGUUUCUGCCAUUGGCAUGAUGCUUGUAUCGUACUGGACAUAUGCCGCUCUGCAAGGUUCCAACUGCCAUUGGCUAAGCCAUCUGAUCCUCAGGUGCAUAAAGUAUUUCCGGCCAGAAAAUCGAGCGAAGUGGUCCAAUCUGAUGGCGCAACACAAUCUCAUCAGCUUUUGCCUCCAGGACAAACCAACAUUGCUCACUAAGGUCCUGAGUCUGCUUGGGCUCAAAGGACGCUGGGAAGGUUGGCUGAACAUCCGGCACAUAGACGUGUCGUCCGAUCUGAAAACCUUGGUGUUCAGGGAGCUGAAAGACAAGGCGGCCAGCAUCGUCGACGCCGAGAGUUACCGCAAGUUCAGCAACCACAGGGGCCAGUGGGCGCUCCAGUGCAAGGGCUACUACAAGGAGCUCGGCUGGAGCGUCGAGGUGGAGUUUGACGAGAGCAUUCUUCUUUGGCACAUCGCCACAGACCUCUGCUUCUACUCCGACGACAGCAACGACAACACCAAGCUCGCUCAGUAUGUCAGCAUCAGCAGGGCGGUGUCAGACUACAUGCUUUUUCUGCUCGCCGAGCGGCCUUUCAUGCUGACGGCCGGCAUCGGGCAGAUCCGGUUUGGCGACACCUGUGCGGAGGCCAAGAACUUCUUCGGGCGGGAGAUGGCACGGACGGACAAGCGAGCCGCGGCAAGGAUGGUGCUCGAGGUGAACGCGGAGAUCGCGCCGAAGGACGUGAAGGGGGACAGGAGCAAGUCCGUGCUGUUCGAUGCGUGCCGGCUGGCCAAGUCGCUGCUGGAGCUGCAGCCGGCCAACAAGAGGUGGCGGCUUAUCCGCGUGGUGUGGGUGGAGAUGCUCUGCUACGCCGCCAGCAAGUGCCAGAGCAACUUCCACGCCAAGCAGCUCAGCAACGGCGGCGAGCUGCUCACUGUCGUUUGGUUCCUGAUGACGCAUCUGGGGAUGGGCGAACAGUACCGGAUAGAGGCUGGACAUGCAAGAGCUAAACUAAUUGUAGAGAAGUACUGACUAUAUAUAUCACCAAAUGGUGGUGUAUCCUGUACUGUCAUCGAAAUUCUUAGGUAAUAAGUGCGCAACUUCCAUUUCACAGACACAAUAUUCUCUGCUGAAAAACCAUUUGUUCAUGAGCUGGUUCACAGCUCGAUGCCAUGGUUUCUUAGGCUACAGUUCUAAAGCU